AUGGCGAACCCUCCACGACUACAUGUUUCCGGUCUGCCGGAUAUCGGUGCUGAGGAAAAGGCCGCAACCACUUCUCCAGCUAGAGGAGCUGAGAUGCUCAACUUCCUGCAGACACGACUACACCAGAAGAACAGAGCACCGCCCCUCGUACACAGCUGGGACUUCUGGCACGACCGACAGGACCGCUCUGUGAAUGGCAGCAGCAAUGUUCCCCCAUCAGAUACUUACGAGGCUCGUCUGGAACAUCUCGCCCAGAUCAGCGACGUGAAGCAGUUCUGGAGCGUCUUCAACAAUUUCGACAUCACUCAGCUUAAACUGCGCGACUCCGUGCACUUGUUCCACAAAGGCGUGAAGCCAGUAUGGGAGGAUCCACGCAAUGCACGAGGCGGUAGCUGGACGUUCAGAGUGCCGAAGAGCCAGGCAAGCGCUUUUUGGCAAGAGGUCUGCAUGAUGGCUAUUGGCGAACAGCUGCAGGGUGCUGUGGAAGAGCCAGGCCGAGCAACGUUCAGGGACGAUAUUUGCGGUGUCAGUUUAGGCGUGCGAUUCAAUAGCAUGCUGGUUCAGAUAUGGAAUCGCGAUGGUGGCCACGAGGUAGGGACGGAGAGGAUAGUAAAAACAGUGCUUGAGGGGCUAAGUGAACAACUGAAGCCGAGGGAGGGGACAUACUACUACAAGAAGCAUAACGAACAUGCCGGGUUUGGUGGUCGGCCGAAUUCAACAAGACCAACGUCGAGCGACUCUGGGGCCAGUCAAGGAAGCAGCAACCGCGGGGUGGAGGAAGUGCAAUCAAUAGAUGCGGUAGUGGAGGGAGCAUAA